UUCAACACCUCUAAAGUAAGGGAAAGAAGAGCCUGGGUUCCUCGGACUGUUUCCACAGAAAUCCUAUUCAUUUGCUAUUGUUUUCUUCUCACCUUGAGGGAAAAAAGCACAGUGCUUCACCUGCAAACUGCUAAGAUGUCCAAGGUAGCCAAAUACAGAAGGCAAGUCAGUGAGGAUCCAGAUAUUGACAACUUGUUGUCCACUUUGUCUGCAGAGGAGAUGGAGGAGCUAGAAAAAGAGCUGGAUGCAUCUGAUUCAGAUGGAACCAUCCCUGUGGGGUUGCGGCAGAAAGCCCAAACUGACAAGCAACCUAGUGGCAAGUACAACCGAGAGGCAAUGCUCAACUACUGUGAAAAGGAAACCAAGAAACUCAUUCGGAGGGAACAGUCGAUGGAUGAAGAGAAGGCAGCAGAGAAGAAGAAAGAAGCAAAGAUUCUUGAAGAAAAACAUAAGGAAAUUCAGAGCAAAGAUCUGAAAAAAAAUAGACUAUCUGACCUAGGAAAAGAAGGUGAAAAAAAAGAAAAUGUCCAGAAAGCACAUCAGAAAGGAAAGGAUGAACCAGAUAGUAAUAAGAAAACUGGGCAAGUCAAAGAGGAAAAGUCCUCCAGGGAUGAAAAGAAGUUCUCCAAAGAGAAAGAGAAAGCCAUAACAGGGGACAAAAAUGCAGCAGCAAAAGUGAGAGGGGAAGAAAGAGGUACAAUGACGAAGAACAAAUCCAUAGAAGACAAAGGAAAAGAGGAGAAGGCAGAAGGGUUGAAGAGAGGGACUGAGAAGGAUAGAAAGAGUGAAGAUAAAAAAGAAUCCGAAAAAACAGGAGAAAAGGGUUCAGCUUCAAAGCAAGGCUCAGAUAGAAAGAGAGAAGAUAAAAAAGAACCUGUGAAAACAGAAGAAAAAAGUUCGGUUUUAAAGCCAGACUCAAAAGUUGGCAGUGAGGAGAAAUCGCCACAAGUCAGCAAAGGGACUUCUGAGGCAAAGGCCUCUAAGUCAGAGCAAGAGAAAACGGUAACAGAGACUGCUGAAAGCAGCCCCUCUAAAUCUGCAGACAAUUCUUCUAGCCAGAGCAAGGAAGAGGAGGCCACCAGCUUCUUUGACGAACCCUUGGAAAAAGUGAAGAAUAAUGACCCAGAGAUGAUAGAGAUCAAUGUCAACAACUCCGACUGCAUCAACAACGAGAUCCUGGUGCGCUUUGCUGAGGCCUUAGAAUUCAACACUGUGGCCAAGGUCUUUGCACUGGCCAACACACGUGCCGACGAUCAUGUUGCUUUUGCCAUCGCUAUAAUGCUGAAAUCAAACAAGACGUUGACCAGCAUAAAUCUUGAUUCCAAUCACAUCACAGGCAAGGGGAUCCUGGCCAUCUUCCGCGCACUGCUGCAGAACAACACUCUGACAGAGCUGCGCUUUCACAACCAGAGGCAUAUCUGUGGAGGGAAGACGGAGAUGGAGAUAGCCAAGCUUUUGAAAGAAAACACCACCCUGCUGAAACUGGGUUACCACUUUGAGCUAGCUGGGCCCCGCAUGACGGUCACAAACCUACUGAGCAGGAACAUGGACAAGCAGCGACAGAAACGCCUGCAGGAGCAGAAACAGGCUCAAGAAAAGGGGGAGAAGAAGGACUUUCUCGAGGUGCCAAAGCCAGUAGGCCUGCUAGCUGGCUCACCUAAGGUUUCUCCACAAUCAUCCCCCCAAGCCUCCCGUUGGACUUCCCGUAAAACUGAUGCUAAGAAAGCUGGAGCCCCAAAUGCCCCUCCUCCUCCCCCACCUCCUCUGGCCCCUCCUCCUGCUCCUCCCCUGAUCAAUGAAAACAUACGGUUGUCUCUCUCCCCGGCAUCUCAGAGGAAGAUGGUGGAGAAAGCUCUUCCUCCACAAGAGAAGAACUCCAGAGACCAGCUUUUGGCUGCCAUUCGCUCCAGCAAUGUCAAACGUCUAAAGAAGGUGGAAGUUCCCAAAUUACUGCAAUAGGGAACGAAAUCUAGGUUUCCUGGAAUGAUGAGGUUGCCAAGGCUGAAUCACUGUGUUUGUCUCUCGGGUGACUGUUUACAUGAGAAGAACUCAGCAGGAGCCUGACCUGCACUAGUCCCAGAUGAGCAGUGUUCUCUGUGGGAUUGAAUUGGAUGGAUGAAUUGGAUGGGCUGCCAAGGAGGCAUUAUGUCAGGAAGAAGCAAUAUUUAUUUUUAGUGCUUUUUAAUCAUGAAACAUCUUUUUUCCCCUGAGAGGAGGGUUUGCAGAAGCUCAGAGUGUUGUAUAUCUGGGCCAUUUGUCCAGCUUUCCUUGUGGGAGUUUAAAAAGUAAAGUGGCAGAUACAUUGAGUCUUCAAGGAGUCUAUAUCUGGAGCAUGCCUGCUUAUCUUUCCCGUUACCAGGCAACAACACUGCAAUCACUUGCCACUAGAAAUAUAUCCAAGAGAAAAUCCACACUGGAGCAGCAGCACCAUGAGAAUGUGACUGGACCCGUCUUCAGCACAGAAGGAGUCCCAAAGAAACAGCACUGCAUUCAUGCAAUUAGCUGCUAGAUCUAACUGUCAGCACUCUUCCUGGAAUAUAAUGAGAGAGAAAUAUAAUGGGGGAGAAAUCACUGGGCCAAAUCCAGUUGUCCAAUGUCUCUGUGAUCUCAAAGAUACUAUUCCUCUAUGAUAGUCAAAGAUAGGCUUAUAUGGGCCAGGAUUUCCUUCGUUCACAGAAGAGAUGCAAAAAGCUCCUUAUGUGUCUCUCUGUGUUUUCAAUAUCUGCAUUAAGAGCUUCUUGUGGUACCAUGAAUCUAGCUGUAAGUAAGCAUGUGGCUGGGCAGUUAGGAAACCGAAUGGAUCACAGAUCACAUUGCUGAGGGGUGGAGCUAUCUGGUGUUUGCACUUCUGAAAUGAGCAGCAUUCUCCAAACUAGUUUUGGAUCCCGUAAGCUUACAGGCCUGAUGGGAGGGAAAGAGCAAGUUAAGGUUGGCCAUGUUUGAGAGGUGAUGGAAAAGGCAAGCAAUGGCUGUUGUGUAUGGAAUGGAAAAGAAAAGACUUGGAAGCCCAAAUUUGAAAAGUUUUGUGUAGCAUCUCCAGAGCUCAGGGAAAACACUGCCAACUGCUUAUUGACAUCUUCCUGGCACUUGGGCUCCAACAGCAUCACCAUAGGCAAGGUGACGCUAACCUAGGAGACAACACAAAACCCCUGCUUCAUAAAUGCCAGGGCUCACAUUUGCUAAAGACACAGCAAUAGGGUUGCUUUGGGGACCAGAAGGUUUCUGUGCCAGUUCUUCUUUUAAAAAUGCUGAUGCUGAUUUAAAGGGAAAGAGGGAUUCUGAAGGGAAAGGCAUUUGUGACCUAUGGGUCACUAUCUUCUAAACUAUGGUCAACAAGCCAUGGUGUGUGGACUAGGAGGAUACUGUGUCCUCCAACCAACCUAAGUGCCAGCUUCACUUCCCUGUCACUCCUCUUUCCAGGUCAGUGAAGACCAAUUUAUACAUUGCCUUUGCAGCAUGGUGGCCACUAAAAUACUCCCCUGUUGCUGGAUCCCAUAGUGUACUGGUAACAUAUGGAUAUCCUGCAUUACAUGGGUAGCCUUGAGCACAAGGAUACUUCCCACACCAACACCAGCAGCCCUGACCAAGGAACACCAGUGAGGGAUGUAGCCAUAUAAUUCAGGCUACCUAUGUGACCU